AUGAUUGUGAUCUACCUUCUCAUGGUUGCCGCUGCAUGGCAAAGAGCGGUCGCUGAUUCUGACGGCUGUUCAAGCAGUGUAGUGAUCUCGAAUCAAAGCGAUGCGAAUAAACUGACCAACUGCGACACAUUCGGCGGAAGCAUUACGAUAUCCUCUUCUGCCACCGGAGUGAUCACCAUCAACAAUGUCGAGGAAAUCAAGGGCGCAUUCAUUGCUGAGGGUGCCUCAGGUCUCACAAAGAUUAUUAUGCCUGAUUUGGACAGUGUACGGGGAGGUGUCACACUGAGUAACCUCAUCUCACUCACAACCAUAACUAUGGGCGCGCUAUCACAAGUUUCUUCAAGUAUAAUUAUCACGGGGAAUCCGAAGCUGAAAACACUUCGGUUCCAAGACUUGGAUGAAGUUGAAGGACAGUUGAUAUUGACGGGAUCAUUCGACAGGUACGGUCAUUACAACAGCCAUCACCUCCCUCCUUCCACGAAACUGAUCAAUAUACUAGCGUUUUAUUACCUUCUCUUGAUGAAGUCAAAGGUCAGACAUUAA